GGCAGAGUCGCGAGGCGGGGAUUAGUGCGGAUUCAAAUUUAAAGCGGGCAGUCCGCGCGUGGCCCAGCAGGUGCCUCGUGCCCGCUGCCCGCCGAGGACGUUUCCGCCCCCACCUGCCCGCAGGGCCGGAAAUUACCUCGGAGGGGGAGCGGCCCCUCCAUUGUCCCAAGCCAACAGCGAGGGAAGCCUUAAGAAAAGUACCGAGCGGCCGGGGCGGGCGAGUGUGCGGACGCGGAGCGCUCCCCGGUCCUCCGUCCAGGCUGUUAGCCGCCGCGCACGCGGCCCUUUGCCAACAACACCCGCCAUGGACAUCCCGAGCUAAUCCGAGCGGGGAACAGCGCAGAAGAUGGGAGGACGAUCGGAAGACACACACAAGCACUUGACACCCCACACUCUGAGAUUCAAGAAUGAACAAUCCUUCAGAAACCAAUAAAUCAUCUAUGGAGAGUGGAGAUGGCAGCACUGGCACUCAGACAAAUGGCCUGGACUUCCAGAAACAGCCUGUUCCUGUUGGAGGAGCAAUCUCAACAGCCCAGGCCCAGGCUUUCCUUGGACAUCUUCACCAGGUUCAGCUUGCUGGGACAAGUUUACAGGCUGCUGCUCAAUCUUUAAACGUUCAGUCUAAAUCUAGUGAAGAAUCGGGGGAUUCCCAGCAGCCAAGCCAGCCCUCCCAGCAGCCUUCAGUGCAGUCAGCCAUUCCCCAGACCCAGCUAAUGCUGGCUGGGGGACAGAUAACUGGGCUGACUUUGACACCAGCCCAACAGCAGUUAUUACUGCAGCAGGCCCAGGCCCAGGCCCAGCUCCUGGCUGCUGCAGUCCAGCAGCAUUCCGCCAGCCAACAGCACAGCGCUGCUGGGGCCACCAUCUCAGCCUCUGCUGCCACACCCAUGACGCAGAUUCCCCUGUCUCAACCUAUACAGAUUGCACAGGAUCUUCAACAAUUGCAACAGCUUCAACAGCAAAAUCUCAACUUGCAGCAGUUUGUGUUGGUGCAUCCAACCACCAACUUGCAACCAGCACAGUUUAUCAUCUCACAGACCCCCCAGGGCCAGCAGGGUCUCCUGCAAGCGCAAAAUCUUUUAACGCAACUACCUCAGCAAAGCCAAGCCAACCUCCUACAGCCACAGCCAAGCAUCACCCUCACCUCCCAGCCAGCCACCCCAACUCGCACAAUAGCCGCAACCCCAAUUCAGACACUUCCACAGAGCCAGACAACACCAAAGCGAAUUGAUACUCCCAGCUUGGAGGAGCCCAGUGACCUUGAGGAGCUUGAGCAAUUUGCCAAGACCUUCAAACAAAGACGAAUCAAACUUGGAUUCACUCAGGGUGAUGUUGGGCUCGCUAUGGGGAAAUUAUAUGGAAAUGACUUCAGCCAAACCACCAUCUCUCGCUUUGAAGCCUUGAACCUCAGCUUUAAGAACAUGUGCAAGUUAAAGCCACUUUUAGAGAAGUGGCUAAAUGAUGCAGAGAACCUCUCAUCUGAUUCUACAGCAUCUAGCCCAAGUGCCCUGAAUUCUCCAGGGUUGGGGGCUGAGGGCUUGAAUCGUAGGAGGAAAAAACGCACCAGCAUAGAGACCAACAUCCGUGUGGCCUUAGAGAAGAGUUUCAUGGAGAAUCAAAAGCCUACCUCGGAAGAUAUCACCUUGAUUGCUGAACAGCUCAACAUGGAAAAGGAGGUGAUUCGUGUUUGGUUUUGUAACCGCCGCCAGAAGGAAAAAAGAAUCAAUCCACCAAGCAGUGGUGGAACCAGCAGCUCACCUAUCAAAGCAAUUUUCCCCAGCCCAACCUCAUUGGUGGCAACCACUCCAAGCCUUGUGACAAACAGUACAGCAACUACCCUCACAGUCAACCCUGUCCUUCCCUUAACCAGCGCUGCAGUGACUAAUCUCUCUCUUACAGGCACUACAGACACCACAUCCAACAACACAGCCACCGUGAUUUCUACAGCACCCCCUGCUUCCUCAGCAGUCACAUCUCCCUCUUUGAGUCCCUCCCCUUCUGCCUCAGCCUCCACCUCUGAGGCCUCUAGUGCCAGUGAGACCAGCACAACACAGACCACCUCCACACCUCUUCCCUCUCCUCUCGGGGCCAGCCAGGUGAUGGUGACAGCAUCUGGCUUGCAAACAGCAGCUGCUGCUGCUCUCCAAGGAGCUGCACAGUUGCCAGCAAAUGCCAGUCUUGCUGCCAUGGCUGCUGCUGCAGGACUCAACCCAGGCCUGAUGGCACCCUCACAGUUUGCUGCUGGAGGUGCCUUACUCAGUCUCAAUCCGGGAACUCUGGGCGGGGCUCUGAGCCCAGCCCUGAUGAGCAACAGUACACUGGCUACUAUUCAAGCUCUUGCUUCUAGUGGUUCUCUUCCAAUAACGUCACUGGAUGCUACUGGGAACCUGGUAUUUGCCAAUGCAGGAGGAGCCCCCAACAUCGUGACUGCCCCUCUGUUCCUGAACCCUCAGAACCUCUCUCUGCUCACCAGCAACCCAGUAAGCUUGGUUUCUGCAGCUGCAGCCUCCACAGGAAACUCUGCACCUACAGCCAGCCUUCAUGCCUCCUCCACCUCUGCUGAAUCCAUCCAGAACUCUCUAUUCACAGUAGCCUCUGCCGGUGGGGCUGCUUCCACCACCACCACUGCCUCCAAGGCACAGUGAGCUGGGUGCAGAGCUGGGCUGCCACAGACCUUCGCCAGUGCAGCAUAAUGGGCUGCCAGCUGUUAGGAAACAGACAGGUGUGAUUGGCUUCCUCCCACCAUGUUGUGAAGAUGAGGGAGACAUGGAGAAAAGAAAAAAUACACUUACCAGGAAAAAAAAGAAUGGAGACAGAACAACAUUUGCCUAAUUUUAUAAAAAAAGAAAAAAGAAAAAAAACAAUGUCUUUUCAGGAUUGCUUCAUGGAUUAGAGAACUUUCUAACCAAAAAUUUAAAAGAAAAAAAAAAACAGAAACAAAAAAUCCAAAACAGACAGACAAAAAUAAAUGAAAGGACUACUUCCCAUUUCCAGCAGUCAUGAUGACAAGCGAAGGGUGUUUCUAGACUACAUAAAUGAGCCCAUUGAAAAGGAAGAGCUUGUGAAAAUGGAUGAAGAUGGAUGAGGGUAAUUUAGAGAUUAAAUUCCCCCUUUUGACAAUGCCCUAUUAUUAUACUAUCUGGACCAGAAUUUUCACAGAUGACUGGGUCAUCGCAGUGAAGUUCAUCUAAGUUGCCCUUACUGGAGUUAAGGUCCCCAUUGGUGUCUGAGGUGCUUGCUUCAGUUUCUGGUGGUCUGCACUGAGCUGAGGUGACUUUCCUUCUGAUAACUUUGCUUAUGCCCAUAGGAAACUUGGAUUCUGUGCAUUUGUCUCUCUGCACUGUUGCUCAGAAAGGCAGUAACACAGACACAAAUGUGUAUCUUUUUUUGUGAUUCAAUUAGAGAAAGGUCAUAUUAGUAUUAAAGGUCAGAAUCAUUUUGGUUCCCCUUUAAAUUUUUCUUUAGUUCCUUUUAUUUCUUGGAUAUUGAAUUUUUACCCCCGAAUUUCUCUGACCCUUAACUUUUCCUAAACUUGUUUUAAGAAUCAAUGAACUGCAAGCAGGGAAACUAACAAAUGCUCAUCCACCUGUUUUGUAUGGUAUGAGUAGUUUUGUUUUGUUUUGUUUUGUUCUUUAAACUAAGCUUGAACCAAAGUCAAUUUUAGCAAGCUGCUGUACUAAUGGACUAGUUAUAAUGUGCAGUUCAAACACAUUGAGGAGAUAGAUGCUACUGACAAUUUCUUACUCAUUUUUCUUGAUUUAUUUUAUGUGAAAGUUGCUGCUUGUUUUUAUCUUCUAUGUUGGUAAAUUAUAAUAUCCUCUGGGCAGACAUUACCAUGAUUUUUAGCUACUUUGUUUAGGUCAGUGUGUAAAUAGAAUGGCUGUGUCAGUUAAUAAUUUCUCUCCUCCCCAUCAGUUCUUUCUUUCCUGUGAGUUUAAUCUUUAUUUUGACUUAACACUCUAACCUUAAUCUGUGCACAUGAUUAUAGGGCUGUAGGGCUGUCAAUACUAUUUCUCCUCCUAGCAGAGAGACCCUCCCUUGGGAGUGAUGAAGUUAGGAGAAAGAAUUCAGGGAGAGAAAUGCUGAUUGCCCACCAUACCAGGUUAGACGUUAUAGCAUUAAUGCCCAGAAUCGCUACCAAAGUAAGUAUUGUCUCAAGGGACCUGGCCCAGGGAGUUAAAAAGGACAGAGAAAGGCUGUUUUGUUUAAUCCUAUAUGGUUAAAAGAAUCUUUCAUAAAUAAGAUUCCCCUACAGAAUUUGAUUUGGGGGGGGGGGGGAUGUCUCGAGACAGGGUUUCUCUGUAGCUUUGGAGCCUGUCCUGGAACUAGCUCUUGUAGACUAGACUGGCCUCGAACUCACAAAGAUCCGCCUGUCUCUGCCUCCCGAGUGCUGGGAUUAAAGGCGUGCACCACCACCGCCCUGCCAGACUUUGAUUUUUAAAGAUGAUAUUAACUUUACAUGUCAGUCCAAUGGUUUGUCAGUCCCUCCUUUGUCUGUAGUUUCUAGUUGGUUUGAGAAAGAAAUGCUGCCUUUUAAUGUCUUUGAGGAUAGACAUUAAAACCAGCAUAAGUGCUAUAUUGAGAAGAAAAAAAUCUUUAGAAGAAGAUAACUUUAAUUUUUCCCUCUCCUUUUUCUUAUAUUCAAAAUUAAAUUGUAAAAUGAAAGGUACUUUGACACACUACUAACACCUGCUGGUGGGCGUUCAGUUUAGAGCCACCUUCAUCACCACCUCCAUAUUCUCUAAGUCUCUGUUUCACAAACACCUUGAGUACUUUUCAAUUGAUAGCACCUUUUUUUUUAAUGAUCUCAAAUGCUUUUUGAAUUGACUGAUCUAUCUUUUCAGCUAAAGUGUUGCCUUUUAUGAGGAAGUCUAGAAACUAAAGGGGUCGUUUGAAUAAAAGGCAUUUGGUUGAGUUUCUACAUUUCCAGAAGAAACACCAGACAGGUUAUUAUAGCUCGUUAUUUCAUUUUUCUCCUCCUCCUGACAUUGAUGCAGAUUUUAUUUCAGCCCUGAAUAUUAGUUAACACAUAGUAAGCCAAAGACUAAUUUUAAAUACAUUUUUAAGGAUACUCUAUUUGCCUGUGAUAUGACAUUUGCCUGGAGAGUAGUGAAUGUAAUUGUUCAAUCUGUUUCGCAAUGCAGUUUGGCAGAAACUUUAUUUAUACCCUGUGUAAAUCUGAAUGACAACAGAAGGAUCUACAAGGCUUCUCACAGGAGCAGUAUUACUGUUCUAGGAAUCAGUAGAAUGCUCUGUUAGCUUGAAUGUCUCUGAAGUUCUAUAGGCAGCUCCUUAGAAUGAGGAAACUUAUCUGUUGUCAGGAAGGUCAUUACCAUCCUGUUUAUGUAACUUAUUACUCCAAAAUAGAACCAAAGGAAUCCGGCUUUCAUCUUGUGUAGGACCAACCUAUUUGUGUUUCAUGAGCUUUAAUAGAAUAUUUUUAAAGGGACAAUAUCAAUUAAAAGAUUUUGGGUGUGAUCAUCUUGCCAGUUUGUUCUACAUCAUCAUUCAUUUGUUUUAGGAAAAAAGCACAAUUAUACCUCUUUAAUAUUAUGUCUAUCCUUCACUUAUUUGGGAAAAUUGGAGAAAUUAUCUCUUUAUUAUCCAGAAGCACAGGUUUUUGCUUGACAGUAUUUCAGUUUAGCUUAAAUGAUAACAUUUAACUUGCUGGAAACGCCAGGUACAUUUGUAAAUAUAGGGAUAUUAUGUUAGAAAAAAAUGCUUUAGUUUACAGUCUAAGUUCUUAUGUAAUCCUCACAAAUCUUCCUUGACCAAGAGAAAAAUAAGGUCAUUGAAAUAGGAAGGCAAAGAGACACCUGUUCAUGUUUCUCCCAAGAUAGGAGAGAUGCUGCCCUAGUGUGUAGAAGACAGUUUCCUGCUGGCAACCUGAGUUGGCCCUGGCCCUGAGGAACUCUGACCACAAUCUACCUGAGCACUUGAUAAGACAGAAGGAAGGACCUUAGCAACUCAGCAGGAAAGCUUGUUCAGAAACUUUAAAUUGGCUGUACUUAAUUGGAACCGAAAACAUUCACGAUUACAGUGCUAAUGGGAGGGAAAUACUAAAAGACCUAAAACCCAUAAUUAUCCAAGUGGGCAGAAAUUGAUUUAGUAAUUCAUUCAUAACUGUUAUGAGUUUACUUUGAUUUGUGGGUAUGAACAGCAUUUACCAUGUUAUGUUGUUCAUAUAAAGAAAUCCCUGGCUAUUUUGAAAUCAUUUUCAGAGACUUGUAAAAAUAAGACUCUCUUAAUAUUAUUUUCACUUUUGAGGAGAAAAAAUAAUUCUUUGCUUGUUUCUCUGAAACUAAGAGCCACUCUAGGCUUACAUGAUGGCACCCACAGUGUAUACACAGGCCUGAAUAGAAAAGCAGAAAUGAGUUGCUUUCAUUAUUAAAGGUUGAUGGAAUCUCUUUGCCUUCUCCUCCUCAUCCAUGGAGAGUUAGUGUAAUAAAGUUCUACCAGGAGGCAGGGGGGUUCCUUGGAAGUUGGUUUGUGUCUAGAAUUUCUUCUAACCAGCCAUUCUAUUCUUAAAUUAUUUUGACUUUUCUGCUCUUGGCCUUUUCUAAAAGCAGUGAGCUUGUGAGUCAUAUGUCAGUUCUGUGAUCUGGAUCUCUUGCCUCUUUUUUCCUUCCCUUUUUCUCUUUGAAUGGUGGUACCUUAAUCUGUGAGAAUAAUGCUCGUGGGUAACAGCUUCUGGCACCUUCAUAAAAUACCUCAGCAUAGCUUAGCAUUGUUGCGAACUGGUUUUAGACGUAAAAACCAAAUAAGUGAAAGAAAAAAUCUUUAUAAAUAGUGGAAAUAAUUCUAGCUGUAGUAUUUAGUUGAACUAAUGUUUAUUAUGGUUGAUAAACAUGAUUGAUGCUGUAUGUAUUUGGGAUCCUGUUUAUAGGGUUGGGGGGGUUGGAGUGGGAGAAAGGAGAAAUUGAUUAUGUUAGAAGGAAAAUAUUGCUCAUAUGUGUUUUUCUUUAUAUCUGUCUUGCCAAAGGAAACUUGAUAUUCCCUGUGACUGGGUGGGGGUUUGAGGCCUCUGUCAUCUGAUAUGCAGCACAAUGUGCAGAGGCAUGCGGGUGACUUGUGGGGUGUCCAGUAGGUUCAGGGUGCCCAAGGACAGAUUUACAACCCUUCUUGUCUGUGGCUGCCAUGCCCCCCCUCACCAGACCUACCAGCCUCUCCUAAUGAUCCAUUACCUCUGUACAUAGCUAAAGCCUAGGCAAAGGAAGAGAGUGUGCAUGUCCAACUGUGCAGAUGAAAAGAGACAGAUAGAGACAUGUAUCCAAGGAGUUUGGAGAGGAAUGGAGAGGAGGAGGUAAGUGAUAUAUCUUGAUCUAGGAAAAUUAAGGUGAAGUGAGUCAUCCUCUGUCAUGUUAGUGAAUGCUGUGCUAGUAGUAGCCCAAUAUUUUUUAAACCUUAUUUCUUUUUCUUAUUUCAAGGAUAAUUCUGUCUAGACCAAAACACAAAAGAAAAAUCAAGAAGUUUAAAGCUAACCGCACACUUGACACCUAUAGUAAGGUGUGGCGUUUAAGGAUUGGUUGAUGAGAUGGAAGAAGUGCGAAACUAUGUUGGUUAAGGGAAAAAGACUUUCUUGACUCCCUGAGUUCUGAUACUAAUAUAUCUCAAGAACUAUUUUUUUUUAAUAAAUGUCCCAGCUCACAGAACUUGAGUGGGAUUUGAUUUUGAUGCCAAAGACACUGCUGUACUGUUGCUUAUCAUUAAGCUUUCCAAAUAGUCAAAGGAUAGAGAAAAUGCUUAAGUUAGUCUCUGUUCUUCCCAUUCCUUUACUCCUUCCUCACUUUUGGAAAGAUGUCUCAUCGGUCAUUCUUGCUUCGCAGAGAUUGAUUUUCUUCCUCCCUGCUGCUCUGUGGACACUACUAGAAUUGCUCAGCAUGGCAUUGAUAUUCUUACCGAGCAAGAAACUUGAGGAGUGCAAAAAAAAAAAAAUAGCAGUAGAAUUUUUAUUUCUCUUUAUCUAAUUCUUAAAAAUAAAACUAGUCCAUCCAACCUGUUAGAUAGCAGGUUGUUAGAUAACAGUCAAUAUUUAAUUAUGAAGAGCAGACUACAUGAAAGCCAAAUGAUGUUCUCUUACUCUCCUGUAGAGCUAUUUUGCUCUACAGUGUUUUUAAGAUAUGGCCUCUGGGAAAUUAAGAUGUUCAUUGUUUAGGAAUACUAUUGAUAAAUAAACAUAGACAUGGAGAGAGAAGGAAAAAACACGUGUUACUAAUGGUCCAACAAACGUGAUUGGGUUGCUAAACUUCAUGAAAGCUUUACUUGUUACUAUUCUGACAUUAUAUAAAAGUAGUGUUAAUGUCGUGUGACUUUUCAAAGCAUUAGGUAGGUUUAUAUGGUAAUAGAGAUAUUAAAAUAAGAGCACUUGAAACAAAUGCUGUGGGAAAAUAAUAUUCAUCAUGAACAUCAUUUCAACUGUGAAAGUGAAGCUCCAGGGUUCAGGGAGGGAAGCCGUUUAUGAUUCUUCGGCAUCCCUGAGUCUGCCCACACUGCACAGGACUCCACCACCCUUGCCACCUUCUGGUUUAAACCCAGGACACUGUCAGAAAGUUAAGAACCCCAGACUAAUUUACUGGGGAAAGGGAGAAGCUGAGGUCUGCUGUAACAUUUUCCCUUGUUUUCUUUACUUGUUCAUCACUGUUUAACGUAACCACAACCUCACAAAAGCAGUUCAGAGCUUCUCUCCUAAAUUGCCAGUGGUAGUGAUCUCCAUUGCUGUAUCCCAAGGUCUGCAGGCAGACAAGACAGCUGGCUACAGUGCUGUUUCAACAAGGAAGCAUCUGCAUGGAAGCUCCUUAUGUGAUCUCGUUAAAUAAAAACGGUCAGUGCCCAUCCAGCCCUGAGUGUCUCAGGUCUGAAAAUUAAUGACAGAAACAAAAUGCACUUUCCUACACUGGUGUGACUGUCUCUCUUAGAAGCACUGUGCUAGGUUGGUUGGAGGCAGUGUGUCUUGGGUUCCAUUCCUACAUGAGUCUGCAGAAGGCACGUUUUAUAAGGAUAAAGUAAACUAGUUAGUGCUAGCCUGGUUAGGUAUAAAAUUGCAAACGUUGUGGGGGUGGCAUGUUUGCCAAGACUGUGACAAUAUUACAACAUUGGCUUUAUACGAUAUAAAUGGUAAAUGGUGUCUCCUCUAAGACCAGAUGGUGAGAGAAAGACUUCCUUCUUCCCACUCCUUACCUCUGCUUCCAUGGGAAUGUGUGCAUUACUCAGUCCACAGGAGGACUCACUGGGGGAGGUACCUCUUCCCAGAGUGGACUUCAGUCAUUCCUCUUCUCUGUGGUAGUAGUGAAGGCUAGGUGAGUAAGUGUGGGGUUUUCUUGCCCACCAGUUGUCCAGGAGCUGUCGUAUACCUCAUUCUAACUCGUGACUAAGUAACUUGCUUUAAGUUCCUCUCGACCCUACAGAGUUGCCAAGUCUGCCCUCCCUCUUCUCAGCAACAUUGAACUCUGGCCUAUAGCAUCAUAAGACCUGUCGCCUAGGGUGGGAUGAGCCCUGCCCCUAAGCCUCUGAAUGUCUCUGUUUUGAAGCUACUACAAACUGAGGGCAAAUUGCAAUCUCCUGUUUGUUUUGUUGUCAGGGAUCAUUACAGGUCUCCUAUGUUUCCCCCACUACCUUGCCUUCAAAGACUGCCAGCUCUCCUCUCCCCCAUCUGCCCCAUAUUUCCAACUGCUAGACACACACAGCUUCUGUCCUUGGCAUUUUCCAAGUGGGGUCACAGCUGACCCUUCCCCUCUGAACAUUGGGGUUCUGCUCAUUGCCAAGACUUGGUAGAAAGGACACCCAAAGGUUCAUUUAAGAUGACUGCCGCAUACACAUUUCUCUUGUUUCCUGUGUGACAUGACCAAAAACAAAGAAACAACCAAAUAUUUAAGUUUAUUGUUGAUAUUAUUAUAAUAAUUAUUAUUAUUUGACAAUCUUAUAUCCAAUGGGCUUUUUGGAAGCUGCAUUCCUGGCCCUUUCAACCUUUUCUUUGAAUGUAGUUCUCAACUUUUAAUCCCCACUCCCAAAGUUGGGGGGAUAAGAAGCUUAACCAGGUCAGGUCAUAACACUGCUGCUAUAAGCCAGGGGAGGGUGGUUUCUUUGUUUUGUUUUGUUUUUCCAUUUCCAGCCAAAACCAAAGAUUUCUUAAUGAUUGUAUAAACUCAAAACAAACAAAAAAACCAAAGAAAAGGGAAGUCUUCAGCCUCAAUCCAGUCUGUGGCGUCCUGGCACUUGGAGACAUGCCCAAGGGCAGGUGGAGACAUCUCUGACCAGCUCAAAAGGGCAAGCAAGCUUUUUUUCCGAGUUGAGAGUUUUGUUCGGGUGCCUGCUCAGUAGUUUUGACUCUUUAGCUGUGAGCAGAACAUGCAUGAAAAAUACUGGCACAUGAGAUUUUCCAAAACCAAAGCCAAAACCCCAUCACCACAACCCAUCUGACAACAACCAGGGUCAUCACCAGAGCUUAGCACAAGGCCUUAGAGCUGGGAGCUGCUACAUGAUGGCCACUCCACAGAAUGGGGAUGCUGAAGACACUGGCACAGGAUUGGCUGCUCUGCUGGGUGCUUUCACCUCUGGGGCUGGGUCUACACACCCAAGGGGCCCUUCUGAGCCUUCUUUCUCUUUUCUUUACUGGAACUGCUUGGAAGUGGCUGUCCCGUUUGUGAGGAAACAUACAGAGAGAUUAUCAAGCUUUUCUUUUCUUGUUUGUAGUUUUGUUUCCUUUUGCAGCACCACUGUGCAACUAUGCAUUGUAUUUCAUAACCUUUGUGCUAGGUAGAUGCCUGUGACUUUUUAACUUGGGGUGGGUGGGGUGGGGGGGUC